UCACAUUUGUAGUGGGAAUAUUCAGCAAUCACCCGAUGUACUUAAUCCAUCUUACUAAAAAACUGAACUAAGUGCCGCUAAUUCCAUCACCAAUACUUUAAGUUAUACACCAGGCACGGAUAUAAGUCAAAAACUCAGUGGCUGGUGUAGAUAGCUACGUCAUAACAUCCUAUUCCUCCAUCCUCCUCUUUCUCUCUCUCUCUCUCUCGAAAAAAAGGGGUGGGGAGCAGCAAAUCAAAAACGUAUCUUAAAAAAAAAAUAAAAAACUCGAGCGGUUGUUGAUCUCUGUCAAACAGUCGUGCACAGCCAUCCGAAUAACAGAAUAGUUUCUGCUUUCGACCUCUCGCCAGAAGAAAGAAAAACUAUGGGUAACUUUAUCGGUAAAUGGGAACAAUUUGAUGAGGAUCUUGAAAAUGCUGACGCUUUCUUCAAAGCAGCAGGCCUCAAUGACGAAAGCAAAAUAGAAGAAAUGAAGAAAACUCGUGCAAUAAUGGAAUGUCAAAAAGACGGUGAUGGUUACAAAUCCAUCUAUACUGAUAUGAACAGUGGGAUGUCAAAAGAGUAUCACUUCAAAAUAGGGGAACCAUUUGAAUCAGAUGAUCUCCAUGGAAAGAAAUUCAAGGGGGUCAUUACAAUAGAAAGCCCAACUAAAAUUAAAGAAUGCUACACUGAAUGGUCACCAACUGAAAUUAUAACUAUCAGGGAGGUCGAUGGGGACAUCUUAACAGUGACAUUCACAGCUAAGGGUGUAUCAGCCAAAUGUCGAGCUAAAAAGAUAUAAAAUUUUCAGAAAAGCAUGUGAAAAUUCCAAUGAAGAGAACACUAAAAAAAAAAACAAUCAUUUGUCAGUCAUGUUAUGUUCCAAUAUAUUAUGUCUGAUUUUGUCAAUGAAAUAAAUAUAUACUUUUUAUUUGA